GGCGACUUCGGUAGUUGUGUGAAGAAUUUGUGGUUUGACAGAAGAGAUUUACGUCGAGAUGAGCGACGAAGUGGAGUCGAGGCGUGGUCAUGAAGGAGGCGGUGCUCUUCUGCCGGAUGGGCGGCGGUAUUAUAAAUGUGGUGAAAGUGGUCAUUUCAUCAGUGAUUGCACAAAAUCCUGGAGAGCGAGGGUGCAGGGUAGAGCUUUCGUGCCUUUGGCACCACCACCGACUGCACAACGGAUGGGAAGAACCGCAACCGGAGGGGAUGCUGCUUUUCGGAGAAGUAGAUCGACAGACAGUAACGAGCGUGGGCGGAACACCGAGGAUACCAAUACUCUCAUACGGGAGUAUUUCGUGCAAAUGGCAGAAGAAAGACAAUCGAACAUGAAAAGGGAAGAGGAAAGACGGAGGGUGGACGAUGAGGCGCGACGAGAGAAAGAAGCUAGGAGAGCUCUGAGGGAGGAACAGAGACGGCGGCAAGAAGAAAAGAGGGACGUGAGGUUAAUGUGGAUAAUUCGUGGUGAAAUGAAAAAGGAACAGGAGGAAGACUUAGAGCGAUACGCGAUUAAAGGGAAAAAAAUUGUGAGAACGAUGAGCCGGACGGAUCCAGCAGAAGACGAAAAGGAACGAUUACGUAGAUGGAUUGCGCAGCGUACCUCUGGGGGGAGACGGAGGACGAAGAACUUUUAGCUUUACGCAAGCAGGCGGCGAAGCUAGAGCUGGUGGAAAAGAGGAAAUGCGGCCCGGAUUUGCCAAUCGGGAACAGCCCCCCGA